GCGUCUGUUUCUUCUGCGCUACUGCUUGUAUGCGGCUAUUCUCCAUGCGGAUUCGUCGAGUUUCGCACAUGCUGCCUUUCUCAUGACGCACUGAUGUCAAUAUUUCGACUACUGGUGCACUCUUCAGAACUUCAAAAGUAUAUGACAUCCUUUUGAUAUCCUUGGUCACUCUCAAAGUGCGGCAGGAUGGACAAGCCACUCCCGAAUGUUCCUGCUGCGCUUUCCAAUUCCAAGCAAUUACCUGCCAAUGUAGCCCUCACCGUUCUGUCGAUUGAGGGACGCAGCCACCUCCGUAGAUUCCUCCUGCGAUGUCUUCAAGAUGAGGCCCCUCAGUUAUCGCAACAUGAAGCUUGGGCGGAUGCAUUGGACGUUGCACUUCGCCAACUUGGAGAAAGUAUAUCCUUAGGGGGAUGGCUUGCAGGCUUUCGUCGAGCUAAGGUUUUGAAGAAGACCUUAGGGAAAGAGAAAGCAGCCAAGGCCUCAGAUAACGAGAAGGGGAAGGGGGAGAAGGAAGAUGCUAUAAAGACCAGCUCCAAACAGUCUACCGAGAAACAGGCAUCCUCGAGCCUUGUGAAAGAACAAGCCGCGCAGAGUACCUUUCCUGUUGUCCAGGACCCUGAAGCUGCACAUAAAGUAGCUUUUCAUAGUCUCAAGUUCUUCGUCUCUAAACCAGUCGUUCCAAUACCGAAGCCUACGGCAAAACACCUCUUGCUCACUGUUGCACCAUUUGGCUCUUCUGAUCUUUCUGCAGAAGUUGACUAUGAGGUCAUUCAUGCUGAUGCUGGUUGCAUUUUCACGCCGGGAUUGUUCACGUUUCCUAUCUCCUAUACUGCAGUUCAGGACUCGGAUGCUUCCAUUCUGUAUGGUCUGGAUGGUUGGAUCGACGAUGGUAGUCUGCAGGUUGUAGGAGGGUCAUUCACGAUCAUAGGUGCCGCUACGGUAAUCGAACAUGUGGUACUACUGAAGAUACUUCGCCUUUCGGUAUUCUUCUACUUCUCGCUCAUUCUCGAACAACACAUGCUGUCAGACUCCCACAUCACCCUCCAUUUCCCGAAACACCCUAAGCCACCUACGGUAUCAGUUCCUGUAGGUGCACCUGUCCAACGGUCGUUGAGCAUCUCAACCGUCGGUGGCAGACCCAAGAAGGAAUUGGGUUUUUGGGGCUAUCUCUCCAAGAAGAAAGACAGAUUGUUGAGUCGUGCGUCGAAUGUCGCGGCGGCUGCGCCUGCCCUGGUACGUUCAGGAUCGUUGGAUCUGCCGCUGGCGAAUAGACCGUCGCCGCGUACCCCUCGUACUUCGGAGGACAUUGGUUCCACUCCAGUUCGGAGGCUAUCAUUCAUCUCAGACUUUCGACCUUCCUUCUUGCAGCCACACAGAGAUCGUAGUGCCACUCCUCCGCCUCCAACGUAUCCGUUCGAGUCUGCAUUGUCGCUCUUGAAGAACUAUGAAGACUUACUGUCAACGUCACCUGGCAUUAGGUUUCCACCUCCUCUCAUAUUGGUCCGCCUGGCGGAGAAGGAGAAAGAGGAUCCGAAACGUAGAUUGACAGGUGACGAGAGAACCGCUCUAACGAGUAUAUUGGGCUGGGUCAUGGGCAAACACGAUCCAGCCAAGCAUAUGAUCGGGGUGACGGGAUUUGUACAACAACAGAUAUUAUCUGUUCUCUAUUCCCAGCAUAUCCCUGCCACCCCAACAGGUAUCUCUAUCUCGAGACCGUCCACACCCUCAUCUCAGAGAACCCCAUCUUCCAUGUCCGUACCACCAGCCAACCCAGUUCCACCGAAAUUGACUCAUUGUGGCACAAGGAGAAAUUGGAUGACGUACAAGUUUUAUGGAGAGCACGAUGAAUGCCUUGGUGAAGCCGUCACAAGGCUCUGUGCUACCUCCGACGACCGGUGUCCGGAAGUUGGUUGUCAUUACAAGCGAGGUCAACAUGAACUUAGAUGGAUUCAUGGAAGAACACGCAUCGUUGGUAUCAUCUCUCCAACUUCGGAAGGUAACGACGAAACCGAGGGUGAGGACGAUCUGCCUCAAAUGUGGGAAAGCUGUGAUGUGUGCAAGAAACGGUCAUCUGUGGAUCGCAUGCAGGACGGGACCUACUUGCUCUCGUUCGCGAAAUAUCUCGAGGUUCUAUUUUACUCGUCUCAUAUCUUCCAUUUGUCGACGCCACUAUGCGAACAUACCAAACUGGGGCUGAAGCGACCCUCAACAUCCUCAAAAGAAUCAUCGCUACCUCAAGGGCGUUUCAAUAUAGUCCGCAACUUUAGUUGGAAGCGACGGGUACUUUCGUUCACGCUCUCGCCAAUCGAUGACAUCUACGAGGUCAGCGUCCCUCGGCUGCAGAUGGUAAAAGGAAGACCGGGUGAGAGGAACGAUGAUGCGCGUCAGCCGCCUGAAGGUCCUACCAUGGUUCAAGAUGAUGAAAGACGCAAGCUAAGACGUGAAAUCAUGAAGUUUUGGCAAGGAUUGUCUGAUCACAUGGACGUUCUGGAGGGGAACUUUGUUCACGAUACUACUGAUCAUGGCCAAUUUCAGAAGACAUUGCCGCGUUUGCCUUCCUCUGAUGACGCGUUCGAACCUUUGGAUGAUGCUGGCGCAGUGACACCCAAGGCAGGUUCAUCUCGGCUACCAUCUCAUCCACCUGGUACUCCUCGGACUCCCAAAAGCACAUCGACGCCCAAGUCAUCCAUCAACACUGCUGAUUCAUUCCCUUUCCCCGGAACAUCCAGUUCAGUUCCGUCUGUGGAGGAGAUUCCUACAGCAAGGUCCAAUACGUCUUCAUCGUCGCUUACCUCGAGUGAGGUGGACUCGCUUCAAAGGCUGACCAACAUGCGACAUGCGUUCCAGAAGACUGAACAGAACCUCUACGCAGAGCUUUGGCGUACACCGGGAUCUUGCCUGAAUAACAUCCGGCGGUCUUUCCAAUCUGCAGGUCAAGGCGCAACAAAGCGGUUAUCUGCGUGGGAGGCGAAACAUGCUGCCAACCUGACUUCGCGAGUAGCCAUCCCGACAGAUGUAGAACCAGACUGGUGGAAGUCAGGUUAUCAUGCUGUUCCCGGAGGUAAUGUCAUUGUAUGGGAGAAGGAUUGGGGAAGUAUCAUUGCUUUCACUUUGAGCUCUCUGGACUACCAUCGCGAGUUAGCGAAUAUGUCAACACAAACGGCUCGUUCCGUUAGUGUCCCUGCUGCCCCUCCACCGACCCCGGAUCCCGAACGACCCUCAUUUUUCUCAAAGACGGUGACUGGGAAAUGGUUUUCUUCAGCUCCUCCUCAACUAGAUCCAGAUCAAGAGGGUGUCGUGUGGUAUGAACCAGAGACGUGUUCCGCAGUUAUCAUGCGCAAGGAACAUCCGCGAGAUCCAGCUUCUCUCCUUACCAUGUCAAUUCCAGACGUACUCCGCCAGAAACCUCCAUCUGAUACCUCAAACACACCGCCGUCUUCACGUUUUGGCAGCUUGAGUAUCUCGUCCGGAAAGGCUAAGGCAACCGCACCUCUUCCACUCUCCGCCCGGGCUAGGCCAGAGGUACAAGUCUCUAUGGAUGCUGCUGGAGGCCAUUCCAGUGGUGCACCUCUAGAUGGCGCUGAUAAAAUCUUGCACGUCCUGGACGGUGUGUUCGAGAAACCUAGAUCUAGACGUAACUCGGGAUCCGACAGUCAGGGGUCUUCCGGCUUUGUAGAGACCAACAUCCGACGAGGGAAAGCUUCUUCAAUAAUGUCCACUGAUAGUGACACUCUUACGAUCGGCCCAGAUAGUAUAGACGGUCAUGGCAAACCGCCUCCGCCGCCUCCCAAGGACGGUUCUGCCACCACUUCAGCAGCUCCAGGUACUUCUCAAGAGGAGCAACCACUGUCCGACGAAGCUACACCCACCAAGUCCUCUAUGACGUCCUCUUUAACGAACACGCUGUCUGCCGCUCUUCGUUAUAUGGUGAAGUCUGGUGAGAUGCAGACUCCGCAUAAAUAUCAGCAUGGUCUUCUGCACGCAGCUUCGCCCGCCAUCGACGACAAGCCACAUAUCAAAUACGACUGGACCAUCGGGAAACGUUUGAAAUUUAGCUGUACGGUGUAUUAUGCCAAACAGUUCGAUUCACUACGGAGACGGUGUGGUAUUGGCGACGUGUUUCUAAAGAGCAUGUCGCAAUGCGAGCUCUGGAUGGCAGAAGGCGGAAAGAGCAAAGCUAACUUCUGGAAAACGUCAGAUGAUCAAUUCAUCAUCAAGACGCUUGUCAAUGCUUGGAAUGUUGCUGACCUCCAAGUCCUUAUUGAUAUGGGCCCUGCAUACUUCCGACAUAUGGAUGCCACCGUGAACAAACCUACAGUCCUUGCCAAGAUUCUGGGCUUUUAUACAGUGGAGAUACGCAACCUGGAGACCGGGGCCACCCAGGCAAAGGCGGACCUGCUUGUAAUGGAGAAUCUUUUCUACAAACACAACAUUUUGAAGACAUUCGACCUGAAGGGCAUUCAGGGACGGCGAGUCAAGGCGGCAGCUCAGAGCCAGCAUGGUUCCAAAACUCUGUUUGACGGUGACUGGAUAGAGGGGCAACAGAAGGCCUUGACGCUUUUGCACCCUCAUUCCAAGAUCAUCUUAGACGAAGCCGUUCAUCUUGAUAGUGAUUUCCUUGCCAAGAGUAACAUCAUGGACUAUUCGUUACUACUGGGUGUUUGCGAGGAGAACAAAGUACUGGCUUGCGGCUUGGUUGACACGAUAGGGAGUUAUACAUUCGCCAAGACUCUGGAAUACAAAGCGAAGCAGGGUUUGAACUCUGCAAAGGAAGUAACCGUGAUUCCACCAAUUGAGUACCAACAUCGUUUCGUCAAUGCCAUGGAAAGUUAUUUCCUGUCAUCUCCAGAUCGAUGGACCCGCCCCCUCGAUGAUACCAAGGUUCCAAGUGACUACAGGCACCUCCCCAGCGUCUUGUAGUCCCUCGUCCAAUGCGCAUACUCAUAUAUACUCUCGUUCUCCUCGCCUCUCAUCUUUAGUAUCUAUUCAAGUAUGGACAAUGAAAUCACCCUACAACUUUUGUGUCGUUCAGACAUAUGGAUGUACCUUAUGUAGUUUCUAAUCGCAUCAUCUGUAAUUUGUGGCAUAGGACAUGACGUUUAAUUUCAGUAACGAUUGUUCGGGGCCAAUGAUUC